UAGAUUAAUGUGAAUAAAAAUGAAUUUAAAUGACUGCAGCAUCAGGCUGAAACAUAAAACUGAAAACAGUGAAGUAGGUACAUCCAGUUUGAACAGCCGAGCUCUGAGGUAGUAAAUUUAACUUGACUUAGCCUCAAAAGCAUCUUGAUGGCAGGUUAUCUGCACCAAAACUAUAUUAUGGACCUUUAGUGGUUAGCAGUCUUAUUACUGCUGUUUUGAAGGGCAUGUGCAUGUAUGUUUGCGUGCAUGCACAUGCCUGCUAAAGUGAACCAGCCUCACUGCGUUUAAUCUGGUGUGUGUUACAGCAGGGUGAAGGUGGGCCAGAUGGUUGCCAGGACACCAGGUUUUGGUGUCGCUCAUGUUACACAGAUCUCUGUGUCGCCUGUCUUUCCCUCUGUGUCCCAGCCAGGAGUCAUAUCGCUAUUUGCAACUACCGGAUGUCCUUUGGAGGAACUUUAUUGGGAAAUUACUUCAUCGAGCAUCAAAGUUUCCAGGUGUAAGCUGCAGGUUAUCAGGAUGCAGAAGCACAUGUUAAAGGUUCUCUGCUCUGCUCUCCUGCUGUUAGCAGUGAUGCCCUCUGUGUACUCACAGUCAGAUUGUUCUCAGGCCCAGUCGUGCGACCUGUGCGUUGGAGACUCUAUGCUCAACCUGACUGGCUGUAUCUGGAGGCUUUGUCCAACUGGUAACGACACAGGCAUGUGUGUGGCGGAUCAGGGUGACUCUGUAGACUUAGCCAUGAACUGCAGCUGGACUAGACUGUCUGAAUUGUGCACAGGUAUCAGAAAACACACUCUAAAGUCAACACAGAAUGUUUAUGUGCAGCCUGACUCUUCGCUCUUUUUCAUCUCAUUCUCACAGGCCAAGUUUGACAUGUCCAGCUUCAUUGGAGGCAUCAUACUGGUGCUGUGUGUGCAGGCGGGGGGCUUCUUUGCCAUGCGCUUCCUCAAAUCCAAAGAGCAGAGCAGCUAUGACCCCAUAGAUCAGCCGGCACAGUGAGGAAAAGAUGUGUGAAGGACAAACAGACGAUCCUGGAGGACAGCCGAGCAGUGACUCAUCGAUUUGUGAUGACAAGAGUGUUUUUUUUCUCCCCCCCCUGAGCUCCUGUCAUUCUUGGUUUGGUCCCUAUAAUGUGUACCCCUGGGGGAUGGGUGUGUUAUUAAGUGGACUUUUCCACCCCAAAAUAAUUUAUUGUGUAACGAGUGUCUGUGCAUGAUCACUGUGUUUGUAUAGUCUUUAUAUUUCAGAGGCUCUUCUUUUGACAUAAUCUGACAAAUUAGACAAAAAACAGCUUUAAUUUUUCUGCUUUCUGGCCUGAAAUAUUACGUUUAAGUGAUAAUCUCUUAGACAUCUGCAUUAACUUAACUGUUUGAAUUGUGCUGUUGUGGGAAAGGGUGAUAUAAUCAGCUGCAGACAGUAGGUCAGACAAGGUUAAAACAGGCAUUUAGAACCCUUAAAUAGCCUGAAACGGGAUCCAAGGCUGAUUUUCUCCAUCCUUAUGAUGGCUGCAUAAGUUUCUACUGUUUCAUUAAGACUAAAAAGUAAAUAUAUGUACAUGUUAUGCAAUUCUUUCUUUUGUUAACUUGCAGUGAGUUGAAUUGUUUGAUUUGUUUAUAGCAGUAAUACUCAACGCCUGGCUCUUCAGCCACAUGUGGCUCUUUUGUAACUUGUGGCUCUUUUAAGUCAUACUUGUGAAAGCAAUUCUCCCAGAAAUGAUCCAUGGCAAGUCACUCCAAUCAGUU